ACAACAAAAUCCCAAAACAUCACCAAAUACUAAAUCCCCUUUUACUCCACCGAUCGUUCGAUUGGCAAUGAUUCUUGACUCUUACGACCCUAUGACCCUCUUCUUCCUCACGUCGUAUUCUAUCCUAUCGUUCAUGCUUUUCAUCUCCUUCUCACUAUAAAUAAUUUAAUGGUCGUAAGUUCACAACAGUUCUCGACUUCCGACCAAACUACCUUGCUUAACCUCAAGCAACAGUGAGGGAAUCCACGGUCAUUAGAAGAUUGGAACUCCACCUCGUCACCUUGCAGCUGGCCCGAGGUUCAAUGCCGGAAUGGCUCCGUCAUCAUGCUGCAACUCGACAGCAAGGAACUUACCGGAACUAUACCGCCUUACAGGAACAAACGCGUCACAAUCACUAGAAGAUUGCGCUCACAGAUCCGAAGAUGUGAACAAUGGCGGGUCCUGUGGGUCGUACAGGAACGAACGCGUCACAAUCGAUUCGUGGAUCUAGAAUCGUCGUUGCAAUUGCUUCGAGAAAGUUAUCAGAUUGCAAGAUUGUGUUACGAUUUUGUUGAAUUUAUGUAAAGAAUUUAUAGCAUUGAAGAAUUGUUGAACUUGGACUCUCGUAUCUCAUGUCUUGUUCUACAACAUCUUAUGGAUGGGUUCAUAUCUUUAACAUUCAGACAUGAGGAUCUGAAUUGUUCUUUAUUUUGUUACAUAGUGAGGGAAAUGCUUGCUUGUGCAGUAAUAUGACCAGUUAUAAAUUUAGCAAAUCCCAGGUUUAUUAGUGAAAGGAUUGGAAAUGUGGUUCAAAAUUCAGCAAGAAAGCCUGAAAAAAGUAUCAGCCUGCAGCAGGGCCUAUCUUGAUGUUCUCUAUCUAGGGGUGUUUUGGGAUCGCUAAUUCAAAACAUUUUUUUUAAAUAUUGUUUGUUUACAGGGUAUCUGAAGAUGAUACAAUGAAACUUGGGAGUAUUGUAUUAGGUAGUGUUGAAAGAGUAACUCCUCAUGCAAUAAUAGUUAAUGUUGAUGUUAAAGGUUACAAUAAGGGCAUGAUUUCUUCUGAACAUUUGGCAGAUAACCAUGGGCUUGCUUCCAUGAUGGAGUCGGUAUUAAAGCCAGGAUACAAGUUUGAAAAACUUUUGGUUCUAGGUAAGUAUGUAUAUUCAAUGUUUACAUAUAUAUAAAUUGAUCUCAUUGCAUUUACAAAUUUUGUCUUUUUUUGCAGAUGUUCAAGCGAAUGCCCUAAUGGGAUCUUAUUCGUCUCAGACAACAGUCUCCAUUUGUUGGAAAUGGUGCAUAGCAAGAGGUUGAAUGUGCAGAAGUUUCACCUUGGAGGGACACCAAGGAAGGUUUUAUAUCAUUCUGAAAGCAAAUUGUUGGUGGUUUUGAGGACAGAAUAUGAGCAAAAAAAGAUUCCAAUUUUUUUUGUCCUUGCCACGUCAGCUAUCCAUAAAGCUUUAACACUUUAAUGCUCAAAAAAAACACAAGUGCUUGUCCUGAAGGUCAGAGGAUAAGUCAACAACAUCAUAAGUAACUAAACAGACACAAAAUGACUGCACAACUACCCAACAAAUUACCCCAUUUAUAAGGUCAGAUAAGUAAAUAUAACACACACACACAAACCUAGGAUAACUAUAAUCUGGAACUCCUACAAAAAAAAAGUUGCGACUUGUGACCAGAAGUCUAUAAGGUUAAACUUCUUUUCCAAAAGAUAAAUAACUACAUCACAAGAACUAACUAACAAACAUUAUCAACUAUGAGAUCAAAAUGUUCUCUGACCCCUUUCAAUUAAAUACUUUUCAGCUGCUCUAUACUUGGUAGCUCAGAAAUCACCAUCUAAAUACUAUUCAAUGCUUACUUCCAGACUUGUAGCCCAUCUUCGGUUGUAGUUCACAUUGGGCUGAGAGUGAACGUACAACCCAUUAAGUAUGAUGCCAAAUUGGGCUUAAAUCCAAAAUGAUUUUGGGUCGUACAGGUGGAUCUUGGUUGUCCAUUAGUUGAUAAUUCCAAGUGGGAAAACAAACUUACAAGUUCUACAACUAAUUUUACAAUCCAAAUUAUUUACAAACAUUUUCACAAUUUUACACGAAUCAAAACACUAACAUACUUCAUAAUUUACAAACAUAAACAACCAUGAACAUUUAUUACAUUUAAUUUUGGGUUUAACUAACGUAUUCAUCCUAAUAAUCCUUUUAAUGGUUUGUUUUAUUAAAUAUUAGAAGAACACUCAUUUAUUACAGAUUUGAGUGGUUUGAUUUCAUCAUCUGUUAAACUUGAGCAUGGAGAAACAGGGAAGUGUAUGGAGUUGUUAAAAGCUGGAAAUGAACAGGUAUUGGUGGUGGGCACUAGUCUCUCCACUGGCCCUGCCAUAAUGUCAACUGGUGAAGCUGAAAGUACAAAAGGCAGAUUGAUAGUCCUGUGCCUUGAACACAAACAAACCUUAGACAGUGGAUCAAUGGCAUUUUAUUCAAAAAGAAAUUCCCCCUUUUGUGACAGUGGAGGAGGAGGAAGUGAGCAGCUUUCAAGCAGUAGUCUUUGCAGCAGCCCUGAUGAUAUUGAUAGCAACAAUUGUGAUGUAAAUGGAAUCAAAUUAGAAGAAACCGAAGCAUGGAAUUUAAGAUUAGCUUAUGCAACAAAUAUGCGUGGCAUUGUUCUUGCUUUAUGCCCUUAUCUUGAUUGUUAUUUCUUAGCCUCUGCUGGUAGUUCUUUUUAUGUAUGCAGCUUUCAGAAUGAUAGCAGUUUAAGGGUGAAAAGAUUGGCUGGUGGAAAGACACGGUUUAUGAUCAUGACUUUGACCACUCAUUUUACUACUAUUGUUGUUGGUGAUUGUCAUGAUGGCAUUCUUUUCUAUGCUUAUUAUGAGGAUGCCAAGAAGGUGGAACAGUUAUACAGUGAUCCUGUUCAAAGAUUGGUUGCUGAUUGCCUUCUUAUGAAUAUCGAUACAACUAUUGUUUCAGAUCAUAAGGGCAGCAUUGCUGUAUUUUCAUGUUCCCAUCAUUCUACUGAAAAUGCAAGUCCUGAAUGUAACUUGAAGGUUUGUUCUUCCUUCUAUAUGGGUGAGGUCGCAAUGAGCAUCCGAAAGGGUUCGUUUUCAUACAAACUUUUGGCGGAUGAUGAAAUGAGGGGGGAUUGCAAUAUUGCAAGUUCAAUUAUGGAUUCAUCGUCACAUAGUAGUAUUGUCGCAAGCAAUUUGUUAGGAAGCAUAAGUCUUGAAGUUUUUGAUGGAAAAGAAUAGUGUUAAUGCUCUUCAUAGAAAAGUAUGUUGGUAUUUUAGGAAAUUUGGCUAAUAAUUUAGUUAAUUAUAUAAAAAAUGUUGAAAUGUUAUAUUUGUCUACUAUUGGAAUGAUUAUUUGAUGUAUUACAUUUGUUUACUAUUGGAAUGAUUAUUUUUAUGACAUUAACUUUUGUUCAA